AUGCCAAUUAUGGAAUAUUCUACGAAUUGUAAAGAUGCAGCUAAUGCAAGAAAUGCGACCUAUUCAGGUCUAUGUAAUAAUAAACUGACAAAAAACACAUCACGACGCGAUUAUCGCUUUCAGGUUAUCGAGGUGCCGAAAUGGUUCGUUUGGCCUUCAAAAUCAAAAAAGUCGAAAAAAAAUGCGUCUGAUUUAAAUAAUUCGAACAACAAUAAUCCAGCAGCAUAUAGUUCUAUUCCUAUGCCUGUUCAGUACGCCAUAAACAGUACGGAUAAUCUGGUCAAUGAUACUUCCACAUCGAGAAGUCAUAAUAAUAAUAUUACCUAUACGGACAAUUUGGACAACCUUUCUUCGGUUCCUCUUCGCGGCAGUGUUCUACGUAAUAAUUUUGACUACCAAACAGUUGCAAGCGUUAAUGAAAGAGAGCGAACAUCUCGAAUUAUAUCACCAAUGUCUAUGCAAACAACAAUUACAACAAAUUCGACAGUAUCAGAACCAAACACUCAGUGUAUACCGAUUCAGUCUUUUAAGAAAAAUAUCGAAACAUUAUCAAAUUCAGUACCAUCAAAAACAUUUAAAAUUUUAUCAAUAUCAAAAAAAUGGGAAAGUACUGACGAAUCGGACGAUGAUAAUAUGAAUAAUGUUGAAAAUUGCACCAUUGUUGCUAGUAAUUCGUUAUCCAUACGUUGUUCUCAAAUCAAACAGAUCAACACUACCCAUUUAUCUUCAACUGAAAAUCAUCCAAUAUAUUAA